CUGGAUGCGCGACACGCCGAUUAUCGACUUGAUGACGACGAACUAUUACCCCGUUUUUUUUUUCUUUUGAUUACCGCGCCAGUUCAGUUAUGGUUAGAACUGCGCACUCACGACUGAUCCACAAGGCAUACUAUCCAUCGAUGGCCUUCCACUCCUUGAUGGACACGAACCUGCUUUUGUUUUUACUUCUUUUUCUUGGUUCGGCGCAGAGGCAUUGUAUGCUUUCGGUAUCAUACAUGCCCUGUGUCUUUGACGGAGGAGCAAAGAAGGUCACCCGUAGAUGCGCCUGCAUCUUCAGCGGCAGUACCUCUGACCUCUAAUUACUUUUGGGGUGGGAACUGGGCCCUGCAUGCAUGCAUGUCACCAUGCACUGGAGCGUGCUUGAACAGGCCAGUGAGGAAGAGGUGGUAAGGAAC